AUGUUCAUUGCGAGGUCAGACAGGAAGCCCAGCACUGUUUGUCCACUUCUUUUUACUGUCAUCUCUCACCGGCCAGUGUGCUGGGCUUUGCUGCUGUGAAAAAUGGGUGUGGACACUUGACAGGUUCCGAAGAUUCCUAGGAUGAGGCUGCUGUGAGGGACUUGCGGAUCCCCUGCGUGCUCUGCGGUGCCUGCAGAUUCCCUGUGGUUCCCUUUCCAGGUGGAAUACCGAAGUCGCCAGGCAGAAUGACAGUUGGAUAUGUACUGCCACCCCCUUUCCAGGGGAGGACUUUGCUCUCCGUGCUGCUGCUGGCAGCCGCUGUUCACUGCCACUGGCCCAGUGAGCCAUCGGAAGUGGUACGGGACUGGGAAAACCAGCUGGAGGCCUCCAUGCACUCUGUGCUCUCAGACCUCCGAGAGACUGUCCCAGCUGUGGUGGGUAUACCAGACAGUUCUGCUGUUGUGGGCCGUUUCUUCAGAGUCUCCAUCCCAAUGGAUUUAAUUGCUUCCAAUGGCGAAAUAGUCCAGAUAUCUGAAGCUGGGAAGGAUUCCUUGCCUUCAUGGUUACACUGGAAUGCAGAGAGCAGCUCACUGGAAGGUCUGCCCCUUGACACGGACAAGGGCGUCCACUACAUCUCGGUGACCACGCUGCAGCUCUUCCCAAAUGGGAGCCACGUGCCACAGACUGCAAACGUGUUCUCCAUUGAGGUCCGCCAAGAAGACCACAACGAGCCUCAGUCUGUGCGAGUAGCUGUCCAAGAUCUGGGUGAUGCAGCGCCAUUUGUGUGUGGUGCAGAAGAGCCAGUCACUAUCCUGACUGUCAUUUUGGAUGCUGACUUAACAAAAAUGACACCAAAGCAGAGGAUUGAACUUUUAAACAGAAUGAGAAGCUUCUCAGAGGUGGAACUUCAUAACAUGAAGUUGGUUCCUGUUGUAAAUAACAGACUCUUUGACAUGUCUGCCUUCAUGGCAGGACCAGGAAAUGCAAAGAAGGUGGUGGAAAAUGGGGCCUUACUCUCAUGGAAACUGGGAUGUUCUCUGAGCCAAAACAGUGUCCCCAACAUCAGCAACGUUGAGGCUCCAGCUAAAGAAGGCACCAUGUCUGCCCGCCUUGGCUACCCGGUUGUUGGCUGGCACAUUGCUAACAAGAAGCCUCAUCUCCCAAAGAGGAUGCGGCGGCAGAUCAAUGCAACCCCUACGCCUUUGACUGCAAUCGGGCCACCCACUACUGCUGCCCAAGAACCACCGACAAGAAUUGUCCCUACCCCAACAUCACCUGCUAUUGCGCCUCCCACAGAGACGACAGCUCCCCCAGUCAGGGAGCCUAUACCACUGCCAAGGAAGCCUACAGUCACCAUCAGAACAAGGGGCCCAAUAGUCCAAACGCCUACUCUGGGACCAAUCCAGCCAACCAAGGUGGUAGAAGCCACAGGCACAGCCUCUGUGCCUAUUCGCCCCACAAUGCCCGGGUUCAUAGAGCCCACUGCUGUGAUUACACCACCUACAACCACCACUAAGAAACCAAGAGUCUCUACUCUGAAGCCAGCCACGCCAUCCACAACAGAUUCUUCUACGGCGACAACACGAAGGCCUACUCGAAGACCUAAAACCCCACGGCCUACAAAGCCUCCUAGCACAACCAGAUCCCCGAUCACUAAACUGACAACUGCCUCCCCACCAACCCGUGUACGCACCACAGCUAGUGGGAUUCCCCGGCCGUGGGAGCCAAAUGAGCCACCCAAGUUGACGAACCAUAUUGACAGGGUUGACGCAUGGGAAGGCACUUACUUUGAGGUUAAAAUACCAUCUGAUACCUUCUACGACAAGGAAGAUACCACCACUGACAAGCUGCAACUGACCCUGAAGCUGAAGGAGCAGCAAAUGGUAGAAGAGAAUUCAUGGGUCCAGUUUAACAGCACUAGUCAGCUCAUGUAUGGCAUGCCAGACCAUAACCACAUAGGGAAACAUGAAUAUUUCAUGUAUGCUACUGACAAAGGUGGGCUUUUUGCUGUGGAUGCUUUUGAAAUCCACGUGCACAAACGGCCGCAUGGGGACAAGUCUCCAGUGAAGUUCAAAGCCAGGCUGGAAGGAGACCACAAUGCAGUGAUGAAUGACAUCAAUAAGAAGAUUAUGCUGGUGAAGAAGCUCGCUCUGGCGUUUGGUGACAGAAACAGCAGCACCAUCACCGUGCAGGACAUCGCUAAAGGCUCCAUCAUAGUAGAAUGGACAAACAACACCCUGCCCCUUGACCCCUGCCCCCGGGAACAGAUCCGGACUUUGAGCAAAAAAAUUGCGGAUGACUCUGGUGGCCCAAGCCUGGCUUUCACAAAUAUCUUGCAGCCCGAGUUCAAGCCUUUGAACGUGUCAGUUAUUGGCUCCGGCAGCUGCAGGCACAUCCAAUUUAUCCCUGUGACAAAGGACGGGAGGGUGAUCUCGGAGGCUACGCCAACAGUGGCAGCCGGCAAAGACCCCGAGAAGAGCAGCGAGGACGAUGUGUAUCUGCACACCGUCAUCCCUGCCGUGGUGGUGGCGGCCAUCCUCCUUGUGGCUGGCAUCAUUGCCAUGAUCUGCUACCGCAAGAAGAGGAAAGGGAAGCUCACCAUUGAAGACCAGGCCACCUUCAUAAAGAAAGGUGUGCCCAUCAUCUUUGCUGAUGAGCUGGACGACUCCAAGCCUCCACCAUCUUCCAGCAUGCCCCUCAUCCUCCAGGAGGAGAAAGCCCCACUGCCCCCUCCCGAAUAUCCCAACCAGAGUAUGCCGGAGACCACGCCACUCAACCAGGAGACCAUCGGGGAGUAUACGCCACUGCGCGACGAGGACCCCAAUGCGCCGCCCUACCAGCCACCCCCACCCUUCACUGCACCUAUGGAGGGGAAAGGCUCCCGCCCAAAGAACAUGACCCCUUACAGGUCCCCACCACCCUAUGUCCCCCCUUAACAAAUGGGAGACUCUUGGUGGAGAAGGGGCCUCUAGUUCCACACCAGUGCUGUCUGUGGGCCUGCAGCCCCCUCGCCAACCAGGAACCGACACUCUCAAUCCCAGCCCGGUCCCAAGCAGGCCCUGUCCGGCUGCAUCCACUACACCAGAGUGCUUGUGGAACUUGGGGGACACUUGUUUUAUUUUUGCCUAACAAGCUUUUAUUUUAUUUUAUUCAUAGAAAAAUUCUUGGCUCAAAAACAUAUUUCUGGCGGCAGGCUUCUCGAUGUGGCCGGGGACUUGUGCGGAGGGCGAGGGAGGGAGGGAGGGAUGGACGAGCAGGCAGCACUAGGGUAGCACUCUGGGUCUCCGCUGUUUGCCUUUAACACUAACUGUACUGUUUUUUUUCUAUUCACGUGUGUCUAGCUACAGGACGUAACAUGAAAGGUAGCCUAAAAAUAAUUAAAUUCAAGGGACUUUCUGAAGUCAAUGUUUAAGUUUUUACAUUUAAUCUGCUGUUUACCUAAACUUGUAUGUAUAGUUUUGGGGACAAGGGAGGGAAGUGCUGUGCUAAAAAUAAGCUCCGGGGGUUUUUCAGGCCUAGUUAUAGGGUGGACCUAGAGGACAGAUUAUUGGUGGGGGGGGAGGUUGGUUUCUUUUUUUCUUUUUCUUUUCUUUUUUUUUUUUUUAAUCUGAGAAAUCCUGUUUCUCUCAUGCAUCAUAAAAUAACCAUCAGUUUAGUCAGACUGGCUUGGGGUACCUUCAGCUAAGUGUAGGGGCAGCUGCCUGCGUCUUGGGAUGCUCUCGCUGUCCCGCGGGCAGCGCUGUGCUUGGGGAGAGGAGCUCGGAGAAGGCUCCAGGGGCUUCCCGAGCGGAGCCAAGUGCCGAGGCACCUGCAGGGUGCAGGGCUCUGCCAGCAACUGGAAACAGGCUCUGCGCUGCACCGACUUCUCCCUUUCAACAGUGAAGGUUGCAAUGGGUUUGGGUGGAUUUUUCUUUUCUUUUUUUUUUUAAACUCCCCGGGUGUUUUGGCAAUGAUGGGAUAUUUUCCUGUCAUGCAAUACCAUCUCUUCACUUUUACUCCUCUUUGAGUGUCAUAUCGGAACAGCCUCUUGCCUGCCCCCAGCUCUCCCAACCACCCUGGGCUGCAGACUUCCUCCUGAUCUGCUCUGCGCACAGAUGCGGGUGAAGCCGUCUGGCUGUUGGAAAAGGAAAAGAUAAAAAAUAAUAAAAAAAAGCGCCAGAAAUAGUUAAUAGUCAGAAGAAUCAGUGAACUCAAAUCUAAUUUUUUACUAAAUUUUUGAUACAGCCUCAAAUUGUUUUAUUAAAAAAGAAUUAAAAAAUGGUAACGCUGACAGCAGUUUGUAUGAGCUUAGCUUCUUAGUAUCAACUCAGUGGGACUGACUGCUUUGCUCACAUUGAGUUUGUCUCUCAUCGUCAUUGUUAAAUAUCAGAGCCAUGGUUAGGUUUCUUGCCUUCGUAACAGGACCUUGCACCCAUCUCUCCUGCAAGGUCAGGGCAGCCCCUGAUGGCUGCCUCUUGCUUUAUUCUAUUUUAUUUUUAUUUUUUCUCCUUUGGACUAAAUCAUUUUAAGAAUGGAUUUCUUUUUCACCAUUUGAGAACUAUUUUUGGUACCUUUUAGAGGGAGGAAAAAUCCUUUGCAAUAAUGUGCCCCUGCCCUCACUGGGGAUAGGGCUGGGCAGACACUGGCUGACUUUGCACACCAAGCAGACACUUUAAGCCAUAUUGACUGUUUUGCAAAGUAUGUUUGUGUGCUGACAUGGCCAGUUGCAUGCUAGCAGAUGAACGGCCAAAACGACCUUCAUCUCUUCCUUGCUGGGAUGGCUUUUUCCUUGGAGCCUUUUCACUGCUGUCAGGAGCAGGUGCUGUGUCUGAUCUUGGCAGGGCCCUGGUAGCUCAGCAGCCCUUGUGCAGCCGCGGCGGGGGCUGUUGCCGCCUCCGUCUUGUUUUCGCGACCGUCAGACGGUCCGAAAGCUGCUCGCCCCUGCUCCCCGGGUGCGUUGGGUUGGC